AUGGAGGAUACUUCAGCGACUGAGGCCCUAGCGAAUGGAGAACACGGUCAAUUGCGACCCAAAAGCUACUUUGGCGAUCGUGCUACAGAAGAGAUGGAGGAGCAUCUGAAACUUGAAAGCCGUACGUUACAGGAGACCUUGGCUUGUGCUUGCCGUUUGAUUGCUAUGCGUCAGGAAGAUGCUGGGCUCGCCGGACAGAUCACCGCUCGCUCCCCGGAUCAUGAAGGGCGGUACUGGACACUUCGGUUCGGCGUCGGCUGGGACGAAGCUGAACCCGGCGACUUCAUCGAAGUGGGUGGCGACCUUCAAACGACCUCUGGCACGGGGAUGGCCAACCCAGCCACGCGCUUCCACCUUUGGGUAUAUGCUGCGAGGCAGGACGUCCAAUGUAUCAUCCACACACAUUCGCCGUGGGUCUCGGCCCUUGUCGCGGCGGGCGAACCCCUUGUCGUCGCUCAAAUGGACAUGACGCCAUUCCACGACGACUGUGCUUUUCUCUCCGAGUGGCCCGGCGUACCGAUCGCAGAUCAGGAGGGGGUCAUCAUUGCCGGGGCAUUAGGACAGAAAAAGUCCAUCGUCCUGGCCCACCAUGGGUUCCUGACCGCAGGCGUCUCCAUUCAAGAAGCGACCUACCUAGCAGUCUAUCUGGAACGGGCUGCUCGCACCCAAGUUCGGGCGCGGCCAUUUGGCAAGCUGUCUCCCCUAAGAUCAGACAUGGGCAGCGAAGCACACGAUUACCUUUUGCAAUCCAGACUUGUAGGCGCCACAUUUGAAUACUGGACGCGCCAAGCCAUGCGAAAGACCUGA